CCGAGCGCAGUUUUUCCAGUCAGAAAACCAACAGCGAACGAACGACCAUGGGAAAAGGUUAAUUGGAGGUCUCAAAGAAAAAGAAGAUCUCCCAUCGCCAGUUAAGGCUAGCAAGAGAGCAUCCUCAACGCCAUCCUUAACAGUGGCUUGUAAUUUAAUACUCCUGAGACUACUAACACUCCUACUACUUCCCAGGGGGGCAUCGAAAAAAAAUAGUGUCAAAAUAGGCCAUGGAUGCUCCCAAGCAGGAUGCCUGUGCGGUAGCUCUAAGUCAGACGGGGAAGUCCUGAAGGAGCUGAUCGAAGGACCGGAAAAGGGAGAAAAUCAAUUGCUACAGCUUGUGAUGGGCAUAGGCAAAACGUCCGUGCUCAAUCCUCUGAUCUCUCUGUGGCAACGCAGAGCUGCUCCGGUUCUGAUUUUAUGGCCUAUCCAUUCUGUACAACUAUGACUGUACUAACUAUAACCUCUCCAUUUUUUGUUCACAGAUUGACUAUUCACUAGCUUUCUGUACUAUGAAUAAAUAGCGACUUCUUAAGUAGACGAAAUCUUACGAUAAAAAGCAUCUCCUUUAGAAAUUUGGGCGCUUACAGCUCGUCGUAAAUGAGCCCACUCGUAUCCGAUCCUAUCCCAUCCUAUCCUAUCCUGGUCGGUCGUCCUCUCUCUAACCUUUUACACAGAUGCACUUUUUGGUUCGCAGUUGCCAGAGACACAGCACACUCUGGCACAGCUCGGUGCACACCAUGUGGAGGCAUUGGAAUACUCCAGAGCGUCGCAUGGAAUAGAUGCGCUACUCUGUAUGGAUGAGGUUUUCUCCAUCCUUACGACCAUCGAGGCUGCCCCUUCGUUCUCCCCUUGAAAGAGUAAUAUAGGUAAAAGCGGGGCCUCGGUGGUCGGCCUCCUUAGAAGAUGGAAAAGACGACAUCCUUUCAUGCUUUGGUUACGAUCCUUGCUGUUUCGCGCAAACGUGGCAACCAAGAGCCGAGAGGGAAUUGGAGGUGCAGCAGCCGCUCGCGCGCCACGGCUCAUUCUGGCCUCAAGGCAGAGCACACUGCAAGCACUGGAUGGCAUGGCAGAAGUCGUGUAUGA